AUGUUUAGAGGGAUCAGAGACACACAAGGGAAAAAGAGUGACUUGCCAAUAACGUCGUCCAAUUUCAAGCCUAAAGCCCAGUCAGUACCACGUCGUCAAAUAUUGAAGUAUGCAUGCUACAUAAUAGGGGCAUUUUUAUUCAUAUACCUGCUAUCAAGUAAAGGGAAUAUAAGUAUUAAAUAUUCCGAUGAGGAAAAUUUCACAUACAGAUUCAAGAAUAUAGAUUAUGAGAAGUUGAAGAAGUAUGAUGAUGGUGUCGAACAGUUCUUGGUUGACAAGGAUGGUGUCAAGCUUCAAGGCUCUACUGAAAGAGUUAUUCAAAAAGAUAUAGAUGAAUUGUACCACAGUACUGUCGAUUAUUAUGAUUUAAGUGAUGCAGAGGGCUCAAGUAAUGGUGCUAUAGAUGGUGAUUACAUUUUAUUAUUGAUCCCAUUGAGAAACGCUGAGCCAGUACUACCACUCAUGUUUAAACAUAUAAUGAACUUGACAUAUCCUCACUCACUUAUUGAUAUUGCAUUCUUGGUUAGUGAUUGUUCAAAAGAUGAUCGUACAUUAGAAUCAUUAUUUGAUCUUUCAGUCGCUCUACAGAAUGGUAAUUUAUCAGAUUUAUUGAAAGCCCAAGAAUCAAUCAAGGGAGACUUGAGUGGUACCAGUGAUCUUCAUCUUGGUUACAUGGAUCCAGAUUACAUAGAAAAAGUUGAUAAGGCAUUUAAUCCACCAUUUCACAAAGAUUAUAAUGAACCUUUUAAUAGUGUUCAAAUUUUUAAAAAAGAUUUUGGUCAAAUUAUUGGUCAGGGAUUUACUGAUAGACAUGAUGUUAAAGUUCAAGGUAUUAGACGUAAAUUAAUGGGUAAAGCUAGAAAUUGGUUAACCUCAAAUGCUUUAAAACCUUACCAUUCAUGGGUGUAUUGGAGAGAUGCUGAUAUUGAACUGAUGCCAGGUUCAAUUAUUCAAGAUUUGAUGAAGUUCAAUUACGAUGUUAUUGUGCCAAAUGUUUGGAGACCUUUACCUGAAUUUUUGGGUAAUGAACAAGCUUAUGAUUUAAAUUCUUGGAUUGAAUCAGACCAAGGUUUAGAAUUAGCUAGAAACUUACAAGAAGAUGAUGUUAUUGUUGAAGGGUAUGCUGAAUAUCCAACUUGGAGAGUUCAUUUAGGUUACAUCAGAAAUCCAAAUGGUGAUCCAAAUGAAAUUGUUGAUAUGGAUGGUGUUGGUGGUGUUUCAAUUCUUGCAAAAGCUAAAGUGUUUAGAAGAGGUGUUCACUUCCCUGCAUUUACAUUCCAAAAUCAUGCUGAAACAGAAGCUUUUGGUAAAAUGGCUAAAACCAUGGGAUUCCGUGUUGGUGGGUUACCACACUAUACAGUUUGGCAUAUUUACGAACCAAGUGAAGAUGAUUUACAAGAAAUUGCACGUAAAGAACGUAAGAAGAGACGCCAAAAUGAAGGGAAAGAGGAUUUAUCUGAACAGACAAAGAAGAAGUUGCAACAGAAGGAGUAG